CUCCCCCUAUUCCCCUUUCCCUUUUCGUUCUCUCCCAAAGAGGCCGACCAGUGAAUCGUGAGUCUGGGGUCUGGUUGGUGAAAAAGAGCUCUUGUAGCUGGAAGUAGGGAGGUGUGGGAAAUUAAUUUGAGAAGACAAUAGCAUGUCAUCCCUCCCUGGGUGCCUUGGUUUGGAUGCAGCAACACCUGCAGUGGAGUCUGAAGAGAUUGCAGAGCUGCAACAAGCAGUGGUUGAGGAGCUGGGUAUCUCCAUGGAGGAACUUCGGCAGUUCAUCGAUGAAGAACUGGAAAAGAUGGACUGUAUACAGCAACGGAAGAAGCAGCUAGCAGAGUUGGAGACGUGGGUAAUACAGAAGGAAUCCGAGGUGGCCCAUGUUGACCAGCUCUUUGAUGAUGCCUCCAGGGCAGUGACUAAUUGUGAGUCUUUGGUGAAGGACUUUUACUCCAAACUGGGACUACAGUAUCGGGACAGUAGCUCUGAGGAUGAAGCUUCCCAACCUACAGAAAUAAUUGAGAUUCCUGAUGAAGAUGAUGAUGUUCUCAGUAUUGAUUCAGGUGAUGCUGGGAGCAGAACUCCAAAAGACCAGAAGCUUCGUGAAGCUAUGGCUGCCUUAAGAAAGUCAGCUCAAGAUGUCCAGAAGUUCAUGGAUGCUGUCAACAAGAAAAGCAGUUCCCAGGAUCUACAUAAAGGAACCCUGAGUCAAAUGUCCGGAGAACUGAGCAAAGAUGGUGACCUGAUAGUCAGCAUGCGCAUUCUGGGCAAGAAGAGAACUAAGACGUGGCACAAAGGCACCCUUAUUGCCAUCCAGACGGUUGGGCCAGGAAAGAAGUACAAGGUGAAAUUCGAUAACAAAGGAAAGAGUCUACUGUCGGGGAACCAUAUUGCCUAUGAUUACCACCCUCCUGCUGACAAGCUGUAUGUGGGCAGUCGAGUGGUGGCCAAAUACAAAGAUGGGAAUCAGGUCUGGCUCUAUGCUGGCAUUGUAGCCGAGACACCAAACGUCAAAAACAAGCUCAGGUUUCUCAUUUUCUUUGACGAUGGCUAUGCUUCCUAUGUCACACAAUCUGAAUUGUAUCCCAUUUGUCGGCCAUUGAAAAAGACUUGGGAGGACAUAGAAGAUAUCUCCUGCCGAGACUUCAUCGAGGAGUACAUCACUGCUUACCCCAACCGCCCCAUGGUGCUACUCAAGAGUGGCCAGCUUAUCAAGACUGAGUGGGAAGGCACGUGGUGGAAGUCCCGAGUCGAGGAGGUGGACGGCAGCCUAGUCAGGAUCCUCUUCCUGGAUGACAAAAGGUGUGAAUGGAUCUACCGUGGCUCCACACGGCUGGAGCCCAUGUUCAGCAUGAAGACAUCCUCAGCCUCUACAUUGGAGAAGAAGCAAGGGGGACAGCUCAGGACACGUCCAAAUAUGGGUGCUGUGAGGAGCAAAGGCCCUGUGGUACAGUAUACCCAGGAUCUAGCUAGUACUGGAACCCAGUUUAAGCCAAUGGAGCUUCCACAGCCUACUGCCCCAAACAUUCCACCUGCUGCUACACCUGUCCCACCUGCUACACCUACCCCACCUGCCCCACCUGCUCCACCUCUGUCCCCCCAGGCAGGUGACACUGAAAGCUUGGAAAGCCAGCUUGCCCAGUCACGGAAGCAGGUAGCCAAAAAGAGCACAUCUUUCCGGCCAGGAUCCGUGGGCUCUGGUCAUUCCUCCCCUACGUCCCCUGCACUAAGUGAAAAUGUCCCUGGUGGGAAACCUGGGGUCAACCAGACAUAUAGAUCAUCAUUAGGCUCAACAGCCUCUGCCCCCGCACCCCCAGCCCCCCCAGCCCCCCCAGCAUCCCCAGCGUCCGCAGCCCUGCCAGCCCUGCCAGCCCUCGCAGCCUUCCAUGGCAUGCUGGAGCGGGCCCCUGCAGAGCCCUCCUACCGUGCCCCCAUGGAGAAGCUUUUCUACUUACCUCACGUCUGCAGCUAUACUUGUCUGUCUCGAGUCAGACCUAUAAGAAAUGAGCAGUACCGGGGCAAGAACCCUCUGCUAGUCCCACUGCUUUAUGACUUCCGGCGGAUGACAGCCCGGCGCCGAGUUAACCGCAAGAUGGGCUUUCAUGUUAUCUAUAAGACACCCUGUGGCCUCUGCCUUCGGACAAUGCAGGAGAUCGAACGCUACCUUUUUGAGACUGGCUGUGACUUCCUGUUCCUGGAGAUGUUCUGUUUGGAUCCAUAUGUUCUUGUGGACCGCAAGUUUCAGCCCUAUAAGCCUUUUUACUAUAUUUUGGACAUUACCUAUGGGAAAGAAGAUGUUCCCCUAUCCUGUGUCAAUGAGAUUGACACAACCCCCCCACCCCAGGUGGCCUACAGCAAGGAACGAAUCCCAGGCAAGGGUGUUUUCAUUAACACGGGCCCUGAAUUUCUGGUCGGCUGUGACUGCAAGGAUGGGUGCCGGGACAAGUCCAAGUGUGCCUGCCAUCAGCUAACUAUCCAGGCUACAGCCUGCACCCCAGGUGGCCAAGUCAACCCUAACUCUGGCUACCAGUACAAGAGGCUAGAAGAGUGUCUGCCCACAGGAGUUUAUGAGUGUAACAAACGCUGCAAAUGUGACCCAAACAUGUGCACAAACCGGUUGGUGCAGCAUGGACUACAGGUUCGACUACAGUUGUUCAAGACACAGAACAAGGGCUGGGGUAUCCGCUGCUUGGAUGACAUUGCCAAAGGUUCCUUUGUCUGUAUUUAUGCAGGCAAAAUUCUGACGGAUGACUUUGCAGACAAGGAGGGCCUGGAGAUGGGCGAUGAGUACUUUGCCAACCUGGACCAUAUCGAGAGCGUGGAGAACUUCAAGGAAGGGUAUGAGAGUGAUGCCCCCUGUUCCUCUGACAGCAGUGGUGUAGACCUGAAGGACCAGGAAGAUGGCAACAGCGGUACAGAGGACCCUGAAGAGUCCAAUGACGACAGCUCAGAUGACAACUUCUGUAAGGAUGAAGACUUCAGCACCAGCUCAGUGUGGCGCAGCUAUGCUACCCGGCGGCAGACCCGGGGCCAGAAGGAGAAUGGGUUGUCUGAGACAGCUUCCAAGGACUCCCGUCCCCCAGACCUUGGGCCCCCACAUCUUCCGGUCCCUCUGUCAAUCCCUAUGGGUGGCUGCAAUCCACCUUCCUCUGAAGAGACACCCAAGAACAAGGUGGCCUCGUGGUUGAGCUGCAAUAGCGUCAGUGAAGGUGGCUUUGCUGACUCUGAUAGCCGUUCAUCCUUCAAGACUUGCGAAGGUGGAGAAGGCCGGGCUGGGGGAAUCAAAGCAGAAGCUGAGAAGACCUCCACCUCAGGGCUGAGCUUCAAGGAUGAGGGAGACAUCAAACAGGCCAAGAAAGAGGACCCCGAUGACCGAACCAAGCUGUCAAUAGUUACUGAGAGCUCUAGAAAUUACGGUUACAAUCCUUCUCCCAUGAAAACCGAAGGACUUCGCCGCCCACCUAGUAAGACUAGUAUGCAUCAGAGCCGUCGCCUCUUGGCCUCAGCUCAGUCCCACCCUGAUGAUGUUCUGACUCUGUCCAGCAGCACAGAGAGUGAGGGGGAAAGUGGAACCAGCCGAAAGCCCACUGCUGGUCAGACGUCAGCCACAGCAGUUGACAGUGAUGAUAUCCAAACCAUCUCCUCUGGCUCUGAAGGCGAUGACUUUGAGGACAAGAAGAACAUGUCUGGUCCAAUGAAACGCCAGGUGGCAGUAAAAUCAACCCGAGGCUUUGCUCUGAAAUCAACUCAUGGGAUUGCCAUUAAGUCAACCAACAUGGCAUCUGUGGAAAAGGGGGAAAGUGCACCUGUUCGUAAGAACACACGCCAGUUCUACGAUGGUGAGGAGUCUUGCUACAUCAUCGAUGCCAAGCUCGAAGGAAACCUGGGCCGCUACCUCAACCACAGUUGCAGCCCCAACCUGUUUGUCCAGAAUGUCUUCGUGGAUACUCAUGAUCUUCGCUUCCCAUGGGUGGCCUUCUUUGCCAGCAAGAGAAUCCGGGCUGGGACAGAACUUACCUGGGACUACAACUACGAGGUGGGCAGUGUGGAAGGCAAGGAGCUGCUCUGCUGCUGUGGGGCCAUCGAAUGCAGAGGACGUCUUCUUUAGAGGACAGCCUUCUUCCUAACCUUCUGAGUCCUUCCUGAACUGACCCUUCCCCCAAAACUGGGUCUUCCUGACUGUUGAACUGUGACACCCCCCGCAACCCCCCAGCCACCAAGUCUCCAGUCUAGCUAUACUCCCAACUCUUAGUAGAUAGAAAUGGGGGUUCUGGAUCAGGAGAUCCCUUUCAAUGUGGUGCUAGCAGGCAGGGUCCCUCCUCCACCCGAGACACUAGGGGUAGUGAGAGGUUAUCACUCUAACCUGGGCCUGACAUCUCUUCAGUCCUCCUGUUGCUCAUCCCUCCCAUCCUGUUUGUUCAAGUGUUCAUGCUUCUAACACACUUUACUCCUGGUAUGAGGGCUGUGUAUUUACUAUCCCUGGUUUGUAUUGUUUCUUGAAAGUCUUUUAAUAAGAUGUUAAGACUAAGAUUGUGAUUUGAUUUUUUUUUUCCCUUCA